AUGUGUGAUUUCCAGUAUCAUCGCAAUUGUGGUCCGAUGUCGUUGCGGACAAGGCCACAACAGCAAUAUUGCGGCCGCAACACAUGUUGUAGUCCGCAAUUUAAAACCAUGCUCAGGACAGAGGUCCGUGUCUCUGAUCAGACCUCUCGGCGGAGGUCCGCGUGCCUAAUUGGAUUUGCUCGGCCGAAGUCGUGCCAUGAUCUUCCAACGCUGAAGAAAGCUCACGCCUUUCUCAUUCUCUCCAAUUCAUUCAGUGCCAAUGCUUCAAAGAUCCCCACUUUGUAUGCUCAGUUCAAAGCCACCUCAGAGGAUGGUGCACCCCACAACACAGUGAUGUGGAACUUGAUCAUGAGGACCCACGUUGAUUUGGGACUGUUCCAUUCUGCUUUGUCAGUGUACAAAAGGAUGAGACAAAAGGGUGUUCCCCAUGAUGGUUUUACUUUCCCAGUAGUGAACCGGGCCUUGUCGUGCAUGAGGGUUGGUGUGAUGUGUGGGAAAAUGAUCCACUGUGUGGCAACACAAAUGGGUUUGGAUGGGGAUUUGUAUUUUUGUAAUACCAUGAUUGAUUUUUAUGUGAAAUGUGGGUGCGUUGGGAAUGCUCGCCGCGUGUUUGAUGAAAUGCUGCAGAGAGAUGUGGUGUCGUGGACUUUGAUGAUUGGUGGAUAUGGUUCUGAGAGAGAUGUUGGUGUGGUAUGUGAUUUGUUCAACAAGAUGAGAAUGGAAUUGGAACCGAAUGCCGUCACGCUUAUUGUUAUAUUGCAGGCGUGUUGUGCUUCCAUGACAUUACAUGAGGGAACUCAAAUUCAUGGGUAUGUGCUGAAGAGUGGAUUACUAAUGGAUUGGUCAGUGAAAAAUUCAGUUUUGAGAAGUUAUGCUAGUAAAGGGAGUGCUGAGGAAGUGGAACUUUUAUUUAGUGAAUUAAACAUGAAGGAUGUGGUUUCUUGGAAUAUUUUGAUUUCCUUUUACUCCUCGGAAGGAGAUGCAAGAAAGGUGGCGGGUUUGCUCAAAGAAAUGCAGGGCUUUAAAGUGCAUUUGUGGAACAUUGAAACUUUAACGUUAGUUAUAUCAGCAUUUGCGAAGUCUGGUAGUCUUUGUGAGGGUGAAGGUGUGCACGGAUUAGUCAUAAAAACGGGGUUUUGUGAUGAUGUUUUGCUAACAUCUCUGCUUGACUUUUAUGCCAAGUGUGGGAAAUUGGAAACAUCAGUUCAACUGUUUAGUGAAAUUCAUUUUAAAAGUAACAUCACUUGGGGUGCUAUGAUGUCAGGUUUCAUUCAAAAUGGCUCUUUCAUGGAGGCAGUAGUUUUAUUCCAACAAAUGUUAGCUGCAGAUCUUAAUGUUGCCCCUGAAAUUUGGAGAAAUCUUCUUGAUGCAUAUGCAAACCUGGGAGCUUUGAAAUUGGGCAAAGUGGUCCAUGGUUACCUUAUAAAGAACUUGAUUAAUGGACCUAUAGAAGAUACAGUACACCUUGAGACCUCUAUCUUAAACAUGUACUUAAGAGGUGGUAACAUGUCUUCUGCUAAAUCAUGCUUUGAUAGGAUGCCUGUCAAAGAUGUUGUAGCAUGGACAACAAUGAUUGAGGGACUUGGCUCUCAUGGUUUUGGUUUUGAUGCCUUAAAGUAUUUUCAGUUAAUGAUUGAGCAAAGAGUGAACCCAAACUCAGUCACUUUCUUGAGCUUACUUUCUGCUUGUAGCCACUCUGGUCUUGUCAGGGAAGGCUGUAAUAUUUACCAUUCUAUGAAAUGGGAUUUUGGAAUUGAACCUGCUUUGGAUCACCACACUUGCAUUGUGGAUCUUUUCGGUCGGUGCGGGAUGCUUAAAGAGGCUUUAGCCACAAUAUUGAAAAUGAUCACUCUACCUGAUAGCAGGAUUUGGAGUGCUCUUCUAGCAGCUUCUAGAGUUUAUGGAAACAAAUUUUUUGGAGAAUAUGCAGCACAAAGGCUUUUGGAACUAGAACCUGAUAAUGUUGGAUACUAUACUCUAUUGAGUAAUGUAAAAGCAUGUGUUGGAAAAUGGAAUGAGGUUGAAGAAUUAAGAAGAGUUAUGAGUGAAAGGGAUCUAAAGAAGAAACCAGGAUGGAGCUGCAUUGAGGUAAAUGGGGUCAUCCAUGGAUUUGUUUCCAGUGAUAAAUCACACCCUGAAACAGAGGAGAUUUCUAAGGCGUUGAGUAGAUUGGCACAAUUUUGA